UAAGCAAUGAUGAGCGUUUAAACCCAGAUCACUUCAGAGACUCCCGUACACACCGUGCGUCCAUGGAUAACAACUCCAACCAUUGGAACUUGUUUGAAGAGAUAAAUAUCAGUUUUUUGCAAGUCACAUACAUUUGACAAAUAGUCCAAACUUAUUUCUAGGCGCAGACUCAGAAUUGGUGCCAUGUUACAAAGGUAACACAGCCAGGACUGACUGAACUGGGCGUCAAACGAACUUUGGGCGGCUUUUCGGCGGACUGAAGUGAAAAAGAAGCAGCAGAGGAACUGCUUCAGAAAUGGCAAAGCCUAUGGACCAUGUUAAACGCCCCAUGAACGCUUUUAUGGUGUGGUCGAGAGCCCAGAGACGGAAGAUGGCACUGGACAACCCAAAGAUGCACAACUCUGAGAUCAGCAAACGCCUCGGAGGCGAAUGGAAACUCCUGUCAGAGUCUGAAAAAAGACCUUUUAUCGACGAAGCCAAACGCCUUAGAGCCGUUCACAUGAAAGAACACCCGGAUUACAAAUACAGACCGCGGCGAAAGCCCAAAAACUUGAUCAAAAAGGACAGGUAUCAUUUUAAUGUGACGUACAAUCUGGGUGACAGUGACCCGUUGAAAACGGACUCGCUGAGCGCGGAGAAAACGUCUGUCGCCGCUGCUACUCGGGUGUUUUUCAGUCACCAACUGUCCACCAAUCCCUAUCCGUUUCUCGACCUGACCUCGAAAAUGUCGGAAUUACCCCCUGCACCUUUCCCACAUUACUCAAUGCUCGGGUAUCCCGGCCGAGUCUCCGCGUUUCACGGGAUUCCCGGGGUUCUGGCCGGUGCGCCGCCCGCUCACCCGUCUGCGGGUAACCCGGGUCACAUGGUGCCCUAUAACUGCCUGGGCUGGCCGGGAUCUGGACCUGCUGUUCCUUCAUCGUACGUGCUUUUACCAGGAAUGACCAAAGCUCAGCAUGAACCUUAUCUGACAUACGCUGCGACGAUAUGAUUGGAAAUUAAUGGACCACAAUGUUCAUGUGGUACUAUAAGGUCAC